AAGAAGAAGCGCUUCCGGCCUCCAUGGCCCAUUAAUCAAUAAAUCAGCUUUUCUAGGCUUGACCCGGUCCUCGUCUCAGGCGUCUCAGAGGCAGACAUCAGCCCCGACGGCUCCUGGAACACGGCGGGAGAAUAUCUUCAGUUGUACAGUUUUGCUAACGCUGUCUUAACUUGCUUUUUCUGUAAACAACUGUCCAGACUUUAUAUUUUUCCCAAUAGAAGCCUAUAAUCUACAACUGCCAGAAACUUAAACACAUUACCUUUAGAAUAUCAUUUAUAUUAAACCUGAGAGCUCUUCCCUUCUUAUUCUAAAAUGUUGAGAUACUGGGGAGAGAUACCAAUAUCCUCAAGCCGGACCAACAGAAGUUCCUUUGAUCUGCUUCCACGAGAGUUCCGUCUGGUGGAAGUCCAUGACCCACCCCUGCAUCAACCCUCAGCCAACAAGCCCAAACCACCUACUAUGCUAGACAUCCCUUCAGAGCCGUGCAGCCUCACUAUCCAUACCAUUCAGUUGAUCCAGCACAACCGACGUCUUCGCAACCUUAUUGCCACAGCCCAGGCCCAGAAUCAGCAGCAGACAGAAGGUGUAAAGACUGAUGAGAGUGAACCUCUUCCCCCCUGCCCUGGAUCACCUCCCCUUCCUGAUGACCUCCUACCUUUAGAUUGCAAAAAUCCCAACACACCAUUCCAGAUCUGGCACAGUGACCCAGAAAGUGACUUUUAUCGUGGAAAAGGAGAACCUGUGACUGAACUCAGCUGGCACUCCUGUCGGCAGCUCCUCUACCAAGCAGUGGCCACGAUCCUGGCCCAUGCAGGCUUUGAGUGUGCUAAUGAAAGUGUUCUGGAGACCCUAACUGAUGUGGCACAUGAAUACUGCCUUAAGUUUACCAAGUUGCUGCGCUUUGCUGUAGACCGGGAGGCUCUGCUUGGACAGACUCCUUUCCCUGAUGUAAUGGAGCAGGUAUUCCAUGAAGUGGGGAUUGGCAGUGUGCUCUCCCUCCAGAAGUUCUGGCAGCACCGCAUCAAGGACUAUCACACUUACAUGCUACAGAUUAGUAAGCAGCUCUCUGAAGAAUAUGAAAGGAUUGUCAAUCCUGAAAAGGCCACAGAAGACACUAAACCCAUGAAGAUCAAGGAGGAACCUGUGAGUGACAUCACGUUUCCUGUCAGCGAGGAACCGGAAGCCGACCUUGCUUCUGGCGAUCAGUCCCUGCCCAUGGGAGUCCUUGGGGCACAGAGUGAGCGCUUCCCAUCCAACCUGGAGGUGGAAGCUUCUCCACAGGCUUCAAGUACAGAGGUAAAUGCCUCUCCUCUCUGGAACCUGGCCCAUGUGAAAAUGGAGCCUCAAGAGAGCAAAGAAGGCAAUGUGACUGGCCAUGGGGUGCUGGGCAGCGAUGUCUUUGAGGAGCCUAUGUCAGGCAUGAGUGAAGCUGGGAUUCCUCAGAGCCCUGAUGACUCAGACAGCAGCUAUGGUUCCCAUUCCACUGACAGCCUCAUGGGGUCCUCUCCCGUUUUCAACCAGCGCUGCAAGAAGAGAAUGAGGAAAAUAUAACUCCAAAAGGACAUUUUCAGUCCAGACCUACAGUACCCAACAGAAAACCUUGACAGAUUAGAAUUUGCAUCCAUAAGUAAUUGGAUUCUUAUUCUUUGUUGUUGAGACAGGGUCUUCUUGUAGCCCUAGAUGGCCUAUAACACCCUACGUAGACCAGGCUAGCUUUGCUCUCACAGCCACCUGCCUCUGCUGGGAUUAAAGGCGUAUACCACCA